AUUAAUUUUUCAAUUCUCAUCUUUACAAUAGAUCUCGGGCAUGGCGACGCGAAACCUUCCCGGCCUCUUGAAAACCCUAAAUCCCUUCCGCUAUCCUUCGAGGGCGAGGGCGUUCAAUUCUCUCGUCAGCGAGCACACUACCAAAUGGAUGCAGGAUAUGAGCAAGAAAUCACCGAUGGAGUUGAUCAACGAAGUGCCUCCAAUUAAAGUUGAAGGGCGCAUUGUUGCUUGUGAAGGAGCUAGUAAUCCUGCCCUCGGCCAUCCAAUAGAGUUUAUUUGCCUUGACCUGGAAACACCUGCUGUCUGCAAAUACUGUGGUCUUCGUUAUGUUCAAGACCAUCAUCAUCACUAAGACAAUCUCCCGAAGUGAACAACUUCACUAGCAUCGCCAUGACAAAUCUCGGUGCCUUCUCAUCUGGCAAAAGAUAAACUGGUUUCUGGGAUCAUUCCAUUCAGUUCCUUUCGAUUUAAUAUAUAUUAAAUGCUCAAUUUCAAUAAACUUGUGAAGGGAUCAACUUCUUAUUGGAACAGUUGAUGUGUUUUCUUCUUGAAAUGAAUCAAAAAUACUUUAAAAGGCUUGAAGUAUUA